AUGCGGAUACUGCGAUGGAUGUGUGGGCAUACUAGGAGAGAUAGGAUAAGAAAUGGAAGUAUCUGGGACAAGGUGGGAGUGGCCACUGUGGAGGAUAAGAUGCGGGAAGCGAGAUUGAGAUGGUUCGGGCAUGUACAUAGGAGAUGCACGGAUGCCCCAGUACAGAGGUGUGAGAGGCUGGCUAGGGAUGGUUUUUGGAGAGAUAAAAUGUAUCCACAAAAAAGAAAAAGGGAGGAAUCAUCUACAGUUAGUAAAAGAGCCAAGGGGGCAUCAUUAGAUGAUCUUGCUGAACAUGCAAAUAUUCUUUCUGAACAAAUUGCUGAACAAGAAGCCUCUUAA